AGGCAUUAAAGAAAAAUCUCUAAUUGAUUGUAUCAAUCUCACAAAGUCACAAUGCUCCCCUUCCUCUCUAAAACCCCUUCAUUAAUGGGAGCAAAAAACAAAGUUCCAAUAGCCCCAAUUUCGUAGUUUAGAAUGGCUACUGUAUCACCAGCAAUUGCAACUUCGCCACAGCCAUUAUCAUUCUAUUUGAAGAAAACCCAUCUCAAUAUCUUACCCUCCCAUUUACAUGGCCCUACUGCUCGAAGCAAUGACCUCUUUUUAAGGUCAAAAUUUCAAAACCGGAAGUAUUUUCCAAUUCCUUCGACCCGAAUUAAAGCUUCCUCAAAUGGGUUUCUUAAUUCAGCUCAUACAAGCAAAGAAGAUGAAAUAUUGCCUUCUUUUGAGGAGGCUCCAGUGAAAAUCCUCUGCUGGGUUGUCUUCUGGGCUUCUUUGUCUCUUGUUUGGUACGCUGCAUCUGGGGACGCUAAAGCGGCUACUGUUGCUGCCGACUCCAUUAGAGCUUCAAGCUUUGGCCUCAAGAUUGCCAAUGCGUUGCGUGGCUUGGGUUGGCCUGAUGAGGCCGUGGUUUUCACUCUUGCAACGCUUCCUAUUCUUGAGCUUCGGGGAGCUAUUCCUCUUGGUUACUGGAUGCAACUCAAGCCUACACUCCUGACAAUAUUAUCUAUUCUUGGGAAUAUGGUUCCAGUGCCAUUCAUUGUACUUUACCUGAAAAGAUUUACUACAUUUCUUGCUGGGAAAAACCAGUUUGCAUCUCAGUUACUUAACAGUCUCUUUGAGAGAGCCAGACAGAAGGCUGGGCCAGUGGAAGAAUUUCAAUGGCUUGGCCUAAUGCUUUUUGUGGCUGUUCCUUUCCCCGGAACUGGAGCAUGGACUGGAGCCAUUGUAGCUUCGAUUCUUGAAAUACCCUUCUGGUCAGCUGUAUCAGCCAAUUUCGUUGGUGUUGUGUUUGCCGGGCUUCUCGUAAACUUGCUGGUGAACCUCGGUCUCAGGUACGCCAUUGUGACCGGUAUCUUUCUCUUCUUUAUAUCGACUUUUAUGUGGCAAAUCCUUCGGAAUAUUAAGAUGUCUUCGAGCGCAUCAAACUAAUGUUGAAUUACUUAUUGAAAUUGCCCCUUUUUCUUUUAGCAUGUCUGGAUUUGUAUGAUUCAUCUAUCAGAAUCUUAAAGGGCAUCUCUGUUAUAUAUGCAAACCCUUAUUCAAUAAUUAAGAUUGUGAUUUUUAGGAGCA